ACAGCGGAUCAGGGGCAACGUUGGUCCCCGUCAGCCCGGAUCCUCUUGUUGGGGAUGAGCUGAUGGACAAGACGGCCAGUGGAGCCAGGGAGCUCGGGCAUACCAUGGGUUCAACUGGGGAGUUCGGACACACCACAGGUUCAACUGGGGAGCCCGAGCACACCACGGGUUCAACUGGUGGAAAUGAGGAGCUGGGGCACACCCCGGGUUCAGCUGGGGAGCCUGAGCGCGCCACUGCCCUCAACCUGCUGCCAGCUGCAGAGGAUGUGGCCAAACCGACGCCAGCGGAGACAACGCUGCUGGUGCAGAGCCAUGUCCUGCCAACACCCACCACCGCCCCCGACGCUGAUGCAAAACAAACUUUCCCUGUUAAGAAAAAGCCGCCUACGCUAAAGCAAGCAAAUAAGGCAAGGAAGCACCUGCGGCCCAAGCCCACCCUGCAGGGCCCCCCCCGGGUCCUCUGCAGUGUGAGCUUUCACGAACCUGAGGGCUACAUCGACUCCACGGACUACCCCCCCCUGCCCCUGCACAGCCACCUGGAGUGCACCUACAACGUCACCGUCUACACCGGCUACGGCGUCGAGCUCCAGGUGAAGAGCGUGAACCUGUCUGACGGCGAGGUGCUCUCCAUCCGCGGCGUGGACGGUGAUGCCCUGGUCGUCCUGGCCAACCAGACCCUGCUGGUGGAGGGCCAGGUGAUCCGCAGCCCCACCAACACCAUCUCCGUCUACUUUCGCACCUUCCAGGAUGAGGUGGUGGGGACCUUCCAGCUCCACUACCAGGUGUUUAUGCUGAGCUGCAACUUCCCACGGAGACCCGACUUCGGGGACGUCACGGUGAUGGAUUUGCACUCGGGUGGCAUCGCUCAUUUUCACUGUCACUUGGGCUACGAGCUGCAGGGCCCGCGGGUGCUGACGUGCAUCAACGCCUCGAAGCCUCACUGGAGCAGCCCCGAGCCCAUCUGCUCAGCGCCCUGCGGUGGGACCGUCCACAACGCCACCAUCGGCCGCGUCCUCUCGCCCAGCUACACCGGGAACCAGACCGGCAGCAUGUACUGCGUGUGGGCCAUCGGCGCCCCCCCGGGCCAGAAGCUGCACCUCCACUUCGAGAAGCUCCUGCUGACCGAGAAGGACAGGAUGGUGGUGUACAGUGGGAACACAAACCAGUCUGCCAUCCUCUACGACUCGCUGCGCGCCGACAGCGUCCCCUUCGAGGGGGUGAUCAGUGACGGCUCCUCCAUCAGGAUCGACUUCCUCGCUGAGGAGCCUGCAGCCACCACCGCUUUCAACAUCCGCUUUGAAGCCUUUGAGCGGGGCCACUGCUACGAGCCCUACAUCCAGAACGGGAACUUCACCACCUCCGACCCCACCUACAACCUGGGCACCACUGUGGAGUUCACCUGCGAUCCCGGGCACUCCCUGGAGCAGGGCCCAGCUGUCAUCGAGUGCAUCAACAUGCGGGACCCAUACUGGAAUGACACGGAGCCGCUGUGUCGAGCCAUGUGUGGGGGGGAGCUGACCGCAGUGGCUGGAGUGAUCCUGUCCCCCAACUGGCCAGAGCCCUACACAGAGGGGGAGGACUGCAUCUGGAGGGUCCACGUCGGCGAGGAGAAGCGGCUCUUCCUGGACAUCCAGCUCCUGAACCUCACCAACAGCGACAUCCUCACUAUUUAUGACGGGGACGAGCUCACGGCCCACAUCCUGGGGCAGUACGUGGGCAGCAGCGGGCCCCAGAAGCUCUACUCCUCCAGCCCCGACCUCACCAUCCAGUUCCACUCGGACCCUGCCGGGCUCAUCUUUGGGAAGGGACAAGGAUUCAUCAUGAACUACAUAGAGGUGUCCCGCAACGACUCCUGCUCCGACCUGCCCGAGAUCCAGAACGGCUGGAAGACCACGUCGCACACGGAGCUGGUGAGAGGGGCCAAGAUCACCUAUCAGUGCGACCCGGGCUACGACAUCGUGGGCAGUGACACCCUCACCUGCCAGUGGGACCUCAGCUGGAGCAGCGACCCCCCCUUCUGCGAAAAGAUUAUGUACUGCACGGACCCGGGGGAAGUGGAGCACUCGACCCGCCUCAUCUCUGACCCGGUGCUGCUGGUGGGGACCACCAUCCAGUACACCUGCAACCCCGGCUUCGUGCUGGAGGGCAGCUCGCUGCUGACCUGCUACAGCCGUGAGACCGGGACGCCCAUCUGGACCUCACGACUCCCGCACUGCGUCUCCGAGGAGUCGCUGGCCUGCGAUAACCCAGGGCUGCCAGAAAACGGCUACCAAAUCCUUUAUAAGCGCCUCUACUUGCCAGGAGAGUCCCUGACCUUCAUGUGCUACGAGGGCUUUGAGCUCAUGGGGGAAGUCACCAUCAAAUGUAUCCUGGGCCAGCCAUCCCACUGGAGCGGUCCCCUGCCCAUCUGCAAAGUGAAUCAGGACAGCUUUGAACACGCGCUGGAAGUAGCAGAAGCUGCUGCAGAGACGUCACUGGAGGGGGGAAAUAUGGCCUUAGCCAUAUUCAUCCCGGUGCUGAUCAUCUCCUUGCUGCUGGGAGGAGCGUACAUCUAUCUCACGAGGUGUCGGUACUACUCCAGCCUCCGCCUGCCCCUCAUGUACUCCCACCCCUACAGCCAGAUCACGGUAGAAACGGAGUUCGACAACCCGAUUUAUGAGACAGGGGAAACCAGGGAAUACGAGGUGUCAAUAUAAGGACAGCGGUAAGAGAGUCUCCGGCUGCCAACUUAAUGUGCUCUCAUAGACCUUCCUCAGUAACUAAUCCAGAGACCACGUGGAGUUUGGUUGGACCCCUGGACCUGCUGUUGUCUUUCCUUUUUGCCUCUUUAUUGAAGAUUUUACUGUUUUCUUCACUGUAUUUAUUCUAUUUAAACUGCGAUAGGUGUGCUGCGGAGCCCCGGGCGCAGGCAGCAGCGGGAGCCGGGGCAGAGCCGGGUCCUGGCAAGGCCAAGGUGGCACAGGGG